UAUUUGCAAAUUAUAGGACUCUGGAAUUGGUCAUGUUAAUGUGUAUGUUUGUGUCCUUUAAGGUUGAUUCGGCAACAGAAGAUAAAAUGACAGAACUCACUGAUGAAAUUUUGAGUUGUGGCUAUCAUGGACCUGUUAAUGUCGAAAAGAAAGAAGAAAUUGUUCGUGCUGUUGUUCUUCACGCCACACUUCGGUUGGUGCCUCUCCUCUCCCAGCUACGUGAUGGGCUCAACCUUUAUGGUCUUACUGAUCUACUGAAGCAGUACCAAAACAUGUGCCAAUCGCUGUUUGUCCCAGGGGUGGAAGUUAAGGCUGAUGCUGACUUUGUUUUUGCAACAUGCCAUCCUGAGUUCAGCGAGAAGGGCUCCAACAAAGAACAGGUGGAAAUGAGGAUUAUGAACCAUCUACAGGACUUCUUGCAAGCGCUGGAAUCACGUGAAGAGCCUGAGACCAGUGACCGUCCAGUCAUCCUUUCCCCAAGUUCAUUCUUGCAGUGGCUCACAGGACAAGGCCACAUUCCUGUCCUGCCAGAUGAGAAGAUGAACUUCAAAGUCUCUGUGCAGUUCAACCACUCAUGCCAUAUUCAGUAUGGCGCUCAUGAAGUUUGCUACCCAACCGUUACAGCAUGUAGUAAUACAGUCAAGCUACCUGUUCAGCAUAUGCAAACUUAUGAAGAGUUCAAGCAUGUGAUGACAAACGCGUUCCACUAUGGUCAGGCAUUUCUUCAUAUUUAGGAGCAUAAUCAGCCAGCCAGACAUCUUGAUUGUUCCAUGAAAUGUUAGUAAAACAAAGAAAUCGACAUGUGUUGCUUGAUGUUUUUUUUAAUUAUUGUUUUACAGUUUAAGCAUUCUGUUUAUUGCCAUUGAAAUUAUUAUAAAAAAAAAAGUUUUUGUCAAUAUAGUCCUUGCUGAUCUCAUUCCCUCCUCCAUUUGACUGUGUCAGCUUGUGAGUAUCUAUUUGGGUUCAUGAGUGUAACAGAAAGUAAGAAAAAGAAAAUUACCAUUAAAACAAGGAGAGGUUCUUAUUCUUCUUAGAAAAAGGGAUUAUUUAAAAGAAAAACUAUCACUAGCAGUUUGUAAAAUAACAUGUUCUUAUAAUUUUACUCUGAUGGGCCAAGCUGCAACUUUCAUGGAUGGUGAUGUAGGUGAAGAGCAUGUGAGAGUGUGGUCAGGUAAAUGUCUCUUCCAAAACUACAUGAAGGCACAAGAGGAUCUAUGGAAAGGCGUAGAGAUUCAAUAUCUUCAGCAUUCAGUGGACAUUCCAUUUCUGGCAC